AUGAAACCUCAUCUAAAAGUGACUCCAAAUGAUCUCUUACUUACGUUGACUGGUACAAUCGGCGGUGCUUUCACCGCAUAUAUAACACUCAAGAACACGUCAUCGAAACCAGUAUGCUUCGUAGUGAGAACGACGGAUCAAGAAAAUUGUAUUGUUGAUCCGUACUCUGGACUCCUUAGACAGGGAGAAUCACAGCGAAUCACAGUGAUGAUGCCACCAUUUGAAAAAAUCCCACCAGCUGCUAAGUUCAUGGUUCGAUCAUGCAAGACAAGUUCAUGGUUUAUUCCUGCCGGAGAUAUUCAAGAUUUUGAGUCGAUUUUUAAGAAUGCCGAUCCAUCAAAGAUUUGCUGCAACUUUUUUAUGGCGGCGUUUAUAGCAAUAAAGAAGCCAUCAUCUGAAACCGUGGAGGUUAUUCGUUUGCGUCAGGAGAUGACAGAAGCACGUCGAGACCUCAACGAGGCUCAUGGAGAGAUUGGAGAAAGUCGUGCGACCCACUCGAACGACGUAAACAACAUCCAUCAGGAGUUGACAGAAGCACGUCAAAAGAUUGAAGAAAAUCAUUGGUCCCACUUGAAAACCGUAAAAGAGAUCCAUCAGGAGAUGACAGAAGCACGUCGAGAGCUCAUUGAGGCUCGUAGAGAGAUUGAAGAAAGUCGUGUUGCUCACUCGCAGGCAAGAUUCCAAUGCGAAAUUUGUUUGGAAGAAUUCACAGACGUUGCCGGAAACCGUGCCCUAAAGGUUUUACGUGAGUUUUUAACAGGACUUGUGAAAUCUUGA